AUGGGAACCCAAUAUAUGAUGCAGGUCGGGCUGGCCUCCGGCAUGUCCGCGACGGAGGGCAUGUACCCAGCACAUCCUCAGUACGUGGAUCCCAAUUUGAGUGAUCCCACCCAUAUGCUUCCCGAAAACGUUGUCCCCAACUCGCGAAGCCGCAUUGCCGUGCGUGGAUAUGGCGGCAAGGACGUAUUGAUCCCCUAUCUGAGUAUUGGAACAUGGGCCUGGGGUGACAAGGCCACAUUCAACUACGACCCCACGGUUGAUCUUCCCCUGAUCCAUGCUGCGUGGGAGAAACUCAAGUCGGUUGGAUUGACCUUCGUGGACACGGCGCAGUCCUACGGUAACGGUGAAAGCGAGCGCAUCUGUGGAACCUUGUUCAAGGGAAAGCCUCGGGAUGCGUUCGUCGUGCAGACCAAAUGGUUCUCGGGUGGCUUGUCUAAUACCUUGAUGCAGUCGCGUGGACCGAAGGCCAGACUGAAGGAGUCGCUUAAUCGACUGGGACUGGAUUACGUGGAUAUCUACCUGGUCCACGGACCUAUUCAUGGUAGUUCAAUUGCCACCGUCGCAGAGGGGAUGGCAGAGUGUUUGGAAGAGGGAAUGACGCGCGCCGUCGGCGUUGCCAACUACAGCACGGAGGAAAUGAUCAAGAUCGAUGAGGAAUUGGCCAAGAGCAACGUUCCCCUGGGCGUGUCUCAGUGUGAGUACUCGGUCAUUCGCCGCGUUCCAGAAGUUAGUGGUAUGAUUCGAGAGUGUAAACGGCGCGGUAUCUGCUUCCAGGGUUUUGCUUCACUUGGUGAGGGCCGAUUGACGGGCAAGUAUAUUCAACGAGCCCCAGAGCACUCGAAGAUUCAGUAG